CCUAUGUAUCCCUUUUCGCAUAUCUAUCUCUGAUCGUGUAUGUACUUGCGAUUGCCUUUCCGAUUUAUUGGACUUCCUUCCCUGAGGUCGCACUCAACCUGUCAUCUCAUUGAUCGCGUCAGGGUCAUGUGAUCGCGUCGCUGCUCUUCCCAUUAUACUACCUGGUUGUGCAAAUCCAUUAGGCUGUACUGUCAUGGACGACCCGGAAUGUCUUCCAAGCGAACCUCUCCCUAUAAAACGACUACAAGAGUCGCUCAUAAACCGCAUCGCAGCAGGCGAAAUCAUCCAUCGCCCCGCCUCUGCCCUCAAAGAGCUCUUGGAGAACUGCCUCGACGCUGGGUCGACGACGAUCCGCGUGACGGUCAAGGACGGGGGCAUGAAGCUGUUGCAGAUCCAGGACAACGGGUCGGGGAUCCGCAAAGCGGACCUGCCCAUCCUCGCGGAGCGAUUCACGACCUCAAAACUCACCACGUUCUCCGACCUGGCGCGGAUCCAGACGUACGGUUUCCGCGGAGAAGCGCUGGCUUCAAUAUCGCACGUUGCACGGCUUUCAGUCGUCACGAAGACUAAGACGGAGAGUUGUGCCUGGAAGGCGCACUACGCGGACGGUCGCUUGACGGAAGGUAAGCCUGGACAAUCGACAGAGCCAAAGCCGUGUGCAGGGAACGACGGGACGACGAUCAUUAUCGAAGACUUGUUCUACAACACACCGACGCGACUCGCAGCGUUGAGAAGCACCUCUGAAGAGUACUCGAGGCUGCUGGACGUGAUGACGAAGUAUGCGGUCCAUAAUCCAGCCGUUUCUUUCCUGUGCAAGAAGGCUGGGUCCCCAUCGCCUGAUCUGUCUACGCCGACGUCUUCCGAUGUUCGGCAGUCGAUCCGGCUCUUGUACGGACAUUCGAUAGCAAAGGACCUGUUGCAUAGCGUCAUUCAACCCACUGACGAAAAGGAGUCCUGGAAGGCCGAGUCCUUCUUCACCAAUGCGAACUAUCAGUCGAAGAAGACGAUCUUCCUUCUGUUCAUCAACAACCGGCUGGUGGAAUCCGCGAGGAUGAAAAGGUCCCUAGAAGCAGUGUAUAGCGGGAUCUUGCCCAAGGGCACAGCUCCAUUCAUCUAUCUCCGACUGGACAUCAACCCCCGGGAUGUGGAUGUGAAUGUGCAUCCGACGAAGAAGGAAGUCCAUUUUCUGAACGAGGACGCCAUCAUCGAGCAGAUUGCUAAUGGGCUGCAACGCGGCCUGGCUGAGAAGAGCCAAUCGAGGGUGUUUGAGUACCAGACACUCCUUACUGGCGGUAUUGCUGAGCCAGAAUCGAAGCAGAGGAAAGGGAAAGAGCGCUCUGCUCAGGAAGAGGAACAGGACAUUCCGACGCCGCCGAAGAAGACGUCGUCUCAAUAUAAAGUACGGACGUCGAUGCAAGACCGCACGCUCGAGUCGAUGUUUCCUGUCGCGAACCCGUCGCAAAUCGCAUCAGGAAGCAGGGACUCCGAUUCGCAAGCGCCUGCGACGCCGAAUACGACGAGGGCGAGGGAGAUCAAAGAGUCGGAGUGCACGUUGACGAGCGUAGCCUCGCUGCGCCAGGCGUUGACGAAAGGGAAACAUCGCCAGCUCACUGAGAUCCUGGAGAAACACACCUUCGUCGGCAUCGUGGCGCUGGACAAAUGCCUAUCUCUGAUCCAGCACGCGACCAAGCUGUAUCUCGUCAACCACGGCGCGCUGAGCGAGGAGCUGUUCUAUCAGCUGGGCCUGCGGCAGUUCGGGAACUUCAAUCGGCUGAAGUUGGAUCCACCGCCACCGCUGCGGACGCUCAUUGAGAUUGCGGUGGAGGUCGAGGAUACGUCUGCGAGUGAGUUGAGCAAGGUUGAGAUCGUUGGGAGAAUCGUGGAUACUAUCAUGGCUCGGCGUGAUAUGCUGUCCGAGUACUUCUCUUUUAACGUGUCGGCAUCGGGGCUCAUAGAAAGUCUUCCUCUCUUGCUGAGGGACUACUCCCCCAAUCUGGACAAGCUGCCCAGUUUUCUCAUGCGUCUUGGGCCGCAGGUCAAUUGGACGUCCGAAGCAGAGUGUUUCGAAACCUUCUUGCGCGAGCUGGCGUACUUCUAUGUGCCUGGCCCUCUGGUAGACUUCCCGGACGACGACUCUCCCGACGCCAAGACCAGAGAAGAGCAGGAGAAAGCCGAGCGCUGGCAGAUCCAGCACGUCGUGUUUCCCGGUCUGCGCAGGUAUCUGAUUGCACCGAAGACGCUCUUGGACAGGGACGUCGUGCAGAUCGCAAGUCUACCAGAGUUGUACAAGGUUUUCGAACGCUGUUGAGUUCCCAAUGUUACAGAGAGUGCGUUUCGGGGGUAGCGUUACAGGCGGGUCCGGCAUGGCCGUAGAAUCG